AAUAUCUGCAUCAAACCUGCUGCAGCCGUUCCUGGUAUAGAGGCUGAUUUUCUGAUGUGUGUUUACUAAGUUCCUACAUUGACGAUUCACUGAAGAUUGUGUUCAGCAGCCAGCCAGAUCCGUUAUAAACACAUGCAAAGCCUGUGAGAAGCAAAGGGAAUUUACCGCCUACUCCACAGAGUGCUUCUGACAGGCGCGUCGGCUGCUGUGGGUGAGAGCCUGAAUUAUUAAAGCUGCCUUUGUUUAUUAAAUUCAUCCUGAGGCGUUGAGAGCAUGUGUGAUUACACAGAGAGGAAAAUAUGGUCUUCAUUAGAUCUCUGUUCCAAUUUGAAGUCUGUCGGCCAACAAGGACACACACGAAAGAACCAAGGUAUGGUCUGAACAUGCGUUGCUUGGCAGCUCGGGUCAACUAUAAGACACUAAUCUUCAUCUGCUCCCUCUUCAUCCUGGUGACAGUGUUACUGUGGAACAAAUGUUCAUCCAAUGACCAUAUUUCUACCUUACCAUGGGCACCAGAAGCAGGUCUGCGAGUGGACAGUGUGGAGAAGAGGGCAGCAGCUUCGGAAAGUAAUGUAGCGCACGGCCAGCCCAGAUCUGAGGAGGCCUCCCCCCAGGAGCAGCAGAAGGCACCACCUCUGGUGGGCAGUAAGGGAACUGGACAGAAAUAUGAGGAGAUAGACUGUGUGAUCAAUGAUGAUCAGAGCGUGCGUUGCAGGAGAGAGGGAAAUGAAGUCUACAUGCCCUUUUCCUGGAUGGAGAAGUACUUUGAGGUGUAUGGAAAGAUUGCUCAAUAUGACGGCUUUGAAAGAUUUGAGUUUUCUCACAGCUACUCCAAAGUGUAUGCACAGCGAGGUCCGUACCAUCCCGACGGGGUCUUCAUGUCCUUUGAGGGUUAUAAUGUAGAAGUCAGAGACCGGGUGAAGUGCAUCAGUGGAAUAGAGGGUGUCCCAUUAUCCACCCAGUGGGGUCCACAGGGUUACUUCUACCCAAUCCAGAUUGCCCAGUAUGGGCUGAGUCACUACAGCAAGAACCUGACUGAGAAGGCCCCCCAUGUGGAGGUGUAUGAGAGGGCAGAUGAGAGUAUUGAUGGUGUGCAGGGCAUGUGGACUGUGCCUAAAGGGGCUUCUGUCACAUCUGUUUAUGAUAAGACAAGAGGCAGCCACGUCAGACACUUUGUUGUGCCAGAAAAUUCUGAGGGUGCUUGGCUACCACUGGGUAAUACAAGAGACUUCAUCUUGUCUCUCGACUUGAAGUUCCUGACUAAUGGCAGUGUCUCUGUGGUGCUGGAGACCACUGAGAAGAAUCAGCUUUUCACCAUACACUACGUUACCAAUACACAGCUGAUAGCUUUCCAGAACCAUGACAUCUUUUAUGGUAUUGGGCCCCGGACCACAUGGAGCACACUGACUCGUGAUCUUUUGACUGAUCUAAAGAAGGGAGUUGGUCUAUCAAACACAAAGGCUGUGCGUCAGACUAAGAUCAUGCCAAAGAAGGUUGUCCGUCUUGUGGUAAGAGGCAGUGGUUUUUUGGAUAAUGUCACUAUCUCAACUACUGCCCACACAGCUGCCUUCUUUGCUGCCAGUGAUUGGCUGGUGAGGAAUCAAGACGCCAAGGGUGGUUGGCCAAUUAUGGUGACCCGAAAACUGGGGGAGGGGUUUAAAUCUCUGGAACCAGGUUGGUACUCCGCUAUGGCCCAAGGACAGGCAUUAUCUACACUGGUCCGUGCCUACCUGCUCACCAAGGAGCAAGUAUAUCUGGACUCUGCACUCAAAGCGACUGCUCCUUUCAAGUUGCCCUCAGAGAAGCAUGGUGUGAAAGCUGUGUUUAUGAACAAGUAUGACUGGUAUGAGGAAUACCCUACUACACCUAGCUCCUUUGUCUUAAAUGGCUUCAUUUAUGCUCUGCUCGGUCUCUACGAUCUUAAAGAAACUGCUGGGGAGAAGCAAGGCAAAGAGGCAUGGCUGCUAUAUGAGCGAGGCAUGGAGUCACUCCGUGCCAUGCUGCCUCUGUAUGACACAGGUUCUGGAAGCAUUUAUGACUUAAGACACUUCAUGCUAGGCACUGCCCCUAACCUUGCCCGCUGGGACUAUCACACUACCCAUAUUAAUCAACUGCAACUUCUUGCCAGCGUGGAUGGGUCUUCAAUAUUUAGAGACUUUGUGCGUCGUUGGAAGUCCUAUUUAAAAGGAGGCAGGGCCAAGCACAACUAGAGGGGUAAACCCGAAACCAGCCCAAAACCAAAGGCUUUCAGGAUAAAACGGAUGCCCAGGUCCAGCUUUAUCCCUUCUGUUUCCUUCAUGCUUUGCAGGUGUGGUAACUUGGGGCUCUCUACCUGCUAUUGAAGUUCUGUACGUCGCCCAGCGAUCUCUUCAGUGUACGCAAUUGGCAGAGUAAUCUUGGAGCUGUGCUUCAGCAGUUUGAGAAUCGCGUAUUGCAUAGCUUCACUAUGUGUGUCAAACAUACUAGUGUUUUAUUUAAUAUUAGUUUGUCUUUGGGAAGCUGGAACCACAUUUAAACAAAUUAUAGGGUUGGUCUUAUACUAGAAUUUUGUUUCUAAUUUCAUUCUGUGCCUUCUGUCCUUAUGAUGUCAUAGAAGUGGAGGGAACAACUUAUGAAAUGACAUUAGGAUAAAUCCCUAGUGCAAACCCUACAUUAUCUAUUAAUGGGACUGGAGUGGUUGGGGAAAUUAUAUUCAUAGUAUAUAUUAUAUAUUGUGUUGACAAUCAUACAGUUUAACUAGUUAACUUUCAAUGACAUCACGGACCGAAACGUGCAGUGCUCCUUUACCGCUCUUGAAUUUUAUUCCCCCCCUUCCCCAUAUACCUACUAAUAUUAGCAAAAUACUUCGACUCUACUAUUCCUGUUGAAUGCACUUUAUUGCCCCUUAUGUUACAAUGAUCCCAUUACAGAGUUUCUCCGCCACUUACUCCCGCCUCUCUUAGGGUUCCAAAGAUUCUACCCCAAAGCGUGAACUUCUCCCUAACACGGUGCUAAGCGUGUUUCUGUUAGACAAGUCGAAUAUUCACUUUAGAUCUAGUUUUUAUACCUGCCAAAAGAAAGUAGCAUAAUUUUAUAAAUGAAAUUGCUUAUAUUCUGUAUUACAAAUGUUUCUGUUUAAAAAGAGAUUUAUGCGAAUUACCCUUUGCUAUCACCACUUCCACCCCUCCGUUUGCCUGCUUGAACACUGUGACAAUGAUAACAUGUAGGUACUACCCAACCGUAUCAUGCAGCUUCCCCUCAAAGUAUUGUGUGUUUUAUCCUACAGAAUCCAGAGUAUGCAGAUUUGUUUAGACUAUUAUAUACAAGAUAAGCAAUGAGUCCGUUAAUUCAGCCCCUUUUGGGGUCUAUUGGUUAUUUUUAUGUUUCUGCAUAGGCAUUGUCUGUGAUUCCUGUGGCUUUAUGGCAACACAAAUUUCAGAAUGCUCUCGAGUCAUUGCUUGUUAUAGUGUGUGCCUCCUGACUGGCGUCGUAUAGAAGGUGAUUGUAUAGCCCUACACACAGAUGGGACACUUCUACUGAACAUGAGUGAUGACUCACAGUGAUGAUCCACAUGAUCAUGAGUGAUGAUCCACAGUGGUGGCCAACUUUGAUGCAAUCUAGCUGUACAGGUUUGGGCUGAGCAAGCGGAUUAUUUCAGGCUUUACCUGUGGCAGUAGAUAAUCAUGCACGGUAGGAUUGAUCUUCUGGCCAUGUUUUCUAACAAGCUCAGUGAUCACCUGAUUUCUAUUUGUGGGCAAAAUGCUGGAUUUGAGGCAGUAGAGACUGUAUUGUUGCACUGUGCUGAUGAUGUUUUUUUUUUUUCUCUUGGACAAGGAGACCUUUUUCUCCUUUUUUUUUUUUUUUGGGGGGG